AUGCCCCCUUAAAAAUCUUGGAUUUAUAUUUACUAUGAAUUAUUGUUUUACUGCUAUAAAUCUAAGAUCCUCAAUCCAAUUAAUUUACUCUCCUAAAUUGAAUUUAAAUCUAAGCUUGAAAUGUUUGAUAAUUUGAAAAGUGAGUAAAAUUCCUUUGGUUGUUCCAAUAAUGGAUAUAAAUCAGGAGCCUCCAAUAAUACUAGUUUCAAAUUUUCAAUCAUUACAGAGGCUUUCUGUUCAUCAUUAAAGUCUAGACUAAUAAUCCCUGAUGAUAGUAUUGUAUUUUCUUGCUAUAUUCCAAUUUAUCCAUUAUCAAUAGUAGUUAUAUUUAAUGUAUUAUUGUUGAAUGUUAGUUCUUCACUUGCUAUUGACAAAGGUAAAGUUACAUUAGCAAUCACUAAGGGUAUUAAAAUUGUAAUCUUACCAAUACAAGAAUUAGAUCUUUUAUCAAGAAAUUAAUUAAAGCCACCUUUAGAUUUAGUCAAAUUCAUUAUUUCUUACAGAUAUUUGAGUUAACAAAUGAACUCAAAGCUAUCAAAAUGA